UCUACAAAUUCAGAGCAUCGGAGUAGAGAAUUGAGAUGUCUCCCUUCUGAGAGUUGAGAACUCAGAUCUGAUAAACACUUUUCACCUUUCAGCCUUAACCCUCUGCCUUCACAAAUGGCUUCUUCUUCUUCAUCUUCGUCUUCUUCUUCUUCUUCUUCUUCUUCUUCUCAGAAGAGCUACGAAGUCUUUCUCAGUUUCAGAGGAGAAGACACUCGCCAUGGCUUCACUGCUCACCUCUACGACGCCUUACGCCGUAGAGGAAUCAACACAUUCAUCGAUGACGCGGAUCUCAAGAGGGGCCGAGUCAUAUCUCCAGCACUUGUCCAAGCUAUUGAAAACUCCAUGUUUUCCAUCGUCGUUUUGUCAGAAAACUAUGCUUCUUCCAGGUGGUGUUUGGAGGAGCUUGUUAAGAUAUUGGAGUGCAUGAACGCUGGGAGCUUAACUGUUUUCCCCAUCUUCUACAAGGUGGAUCCCUCAGAUGUACGGAAACAGAAAGGGAGUUUUGGAGAAGCUUUUGUUGAGCAUGAGAAGAAUUCCAAUGAGAGGGUCAAGACUUGGAGGGAGGCUCUCACUCAAGUUGCCAAUUUAUCCGGUUGGGAUUCAAGGAAUAGGCACGAACCUUCGCUUAUUAAGGACGUUGUCAGUGAUGUUUUUAAUAGAUUGCUUGUCAUAUCCUCAAGUGAUGCAGGGGACUUAGUUGGAAUAGAUUCCCAUAUUAGGAAAAUGGAAUCGUUGUUAUCCAUUGGGUCAAAUGAUGUUCGCAUUAUAGGAAUUUGGGGCAUGGGUGGAAUAGGUAAGACAACUAUUGCUAGAUCUGUGUAUGAGCAAAUCUCAAAACAAUUUGAAGCUUGCUGCUUUCUUAGCAAUGUUAGAGAAGAUUCAGAAAAACGCGGUUUAGUUAAAUUACAAGAAGAACUUCUUUCUCGGUUAUUGGAGGAAGGGAAAAUAAGCAUAAGCACUGUCGAUAUUGGGCUUGCUUUUAUAAAGACAAGGCUGCGCUUUAAAAGGGUUCUUAUUGUUCUUGAUGAUGCUCAUAAUCUACAACAACUAGAAUACUUAGCUGGAAAGCAUGAUUGGUUUGGUCCAGGAAGUCGAAUCAUUAUAACAACAAGAGACGUGCAUUUGCUUAAUAAAGUUGGAGUCAAUGGAGUAUAUGAAGUUGCGCAUCUAAAUAACAAUGAUGCUGUUGCACUCUUUAGUCGACAUGCCUUUGAAGAGGACCAUCCCACAGAAGAUUAUAUGGAGCUCUCCAAUUAUGCAGUUUCUUAUGCAAAGGGUCUUCCAUUAGCUCUCAAAGUUUUAGGAUCUUUUCUAUUCAGCAAGAGCAAACUUGAGUGGAAAAGUCAAUUGGAUAAGCUGCAAAUUAAUCCUCAUAUGGAUAUUGAAAGUGUGCUUCGAGUUAGUUUUGAUGGACUUGAUGAUACAGAGCAAGAUAUUUUCUUGGAUGUCGCUUGUUUCUUCAAAGGGGAGGACAAAGAUUAUGUGAUAAAAAUACUAGACAGCUGUGGUUUCUACCCCAGCAUCGGAAUAAGAGUUCUUAUUGAUAAGUCGCUCAUAACGGUUGUACACAACAAGCUGUGGAUGCAUGAUUUGCUUCAAGAAAUGGGUUGGGAUAUUGUUCGUAAAACAUCCCAUAAAAAUCCUAGCAAACGUCGUAGGCUAGAUCCUGGAAAGCACAGCAGGUUGUGGCUUCAAGAGGAUGUUUAUGAUGUAUUGACAGAAAAAACGGGGACAGAAAAUAUCGAAGGCAUAUUCCUGAAUUUGUAUGGACUGAAAGAGAUACAUUAUACUACAGAGGCCUUUGCUGAGAUGAAGAAACUUAGAUUGCUCAAAGUCUACAAUUCUCACAACUCUGGAGACUUUGAAUAUGCUUCUAGAAAUGAAAACUACAAAAGGCCCUUUUCUCAAGAUUUUGAAUUUCCUUCUAAUAAGCUGAGAUAUCUGUAUUGGCAUAGAUACCCCUUGAAAUCUUUGCCAUCUAAUUUUCAUCCGAAGAAUCUUGUUGAACUCAACUUGUGUUGUUGCUAUGUUGAAGAACUUUGGAAAGGAGUCAAGCAUAUGGAGAAGUUAGAAUGCAUCGAUCUCAGUCAUUCUCAAUACCUUGUCAGAACCCCAGAUUUUUCUGGCAUCCCAAAUCUUGAAAGACUAAUUUUUGAAGGUUGUACAGAUUUGCGUGAAGUUCAUCAAUCUCUUGGAGUUCUGAGCAAACUCAUUUUCUUGAAUUUGAAAGACUGCAAAAACCUUCAAUGUUUUCCAAGUAGCAUUGAGCUGGAAUCUCUUAAAGUUCUCAUUCUCUCUGGCUGCUCAAAACUUGAUAAGUUUCCAGAGAUCCUAGGAUAUCUGCCAAAUUUGUUGGAGCUCCAUUUAAAUGGAACUGCUAUAACUGAACUACCCUCCUCAAUUGGAUAUGCCACUCAACUUGUUUCAUUGGAUAUGGAGGACUGCAAAAGGUUCAAGAGCCUUCCAUGUUGCAUCUACAAGCUGAAAUCCUUGAAAAUUCUUAAGCUCUCUGGCUGUGCAAAAUUUGAGAGUUUUCCAGAAAUCCUUGAGAAUAUGGAAGGUUUGAGGGAACUUUUCUUAGAUGGAACAGCAAUAAAGGAGCUACCCCUGUCAGUCGAACAUCUAAAUGGACUUGUUUUAUUAAAUCUGAGAAACUGUGAAAGGCUUAUUACUCUUCCAAGCAGCAUUUGUAAUUUGAAAUCACUCAGUACUCUUACUCUCUCUGGCUGCUCGCAACUUGAAAAAUUGCCUGAGAACCUGGGGAACUUGGAAUGCCUGGUGGAACUUGUAGCAGAUGGAAGUGCUGUAAUACAACCACCUUCCUCCAUUGUUCUUUUGAGGAACCUUAAAGUAUUAUCCUUUCAAGGAUGUAAUGGAUCACCAUCUAGUCGCUGGAAUUCACGGUUCUGGUCCAUGUUGUGUUUGAGAAGAAUUUCAGAUUCUACUGGUUUUCGGUUGCCUUCUUUGUCAGGUUUGUGCUCCUUGAAACAAUUAAAUCUAAGUGACUGCAAUAUAAAGGAAGGAGCACUCCCCAAUGAUCUUGGCGGCUACUUAUCCUCAUUGGAGUAUUUAAAUUUAAAAGGAAAUGAUUUUGUUACCCUCCCCACAGGCAUCAGCAAACUUUGUAAUCUGAAGGCCCUCUACUUGGGGUGCUGCAAGAGGCUUCAAGAACUUCCAAUGCUUCCACCAAAUAUAAACAGGAUCAAUGCACAAAAUUGCACAUCUCUGGAAACACUUUCAGGUUUAUCAGCACCAUGUUGGCUUGCAUUUACUAAUUCCUUCAGACAAAACUGGGGUCAAGAAACUUACCUUGCUGAAGUUUCAAGGAUCCCUAAAUUUAAUACGUAUCUGCCCGGGAAUGGAAUUCCAGAGUGGUUCAGGAAUCAGUGUAUGGGGGAUUCAAUAAUGGUACAACUUCCUUCUCAUUGGUAUAAUGACAACUUCUUGGGAUUUGCUAUGUGCAUUGUUUUUGCACUCAAGGAGCCAAACCAGUGCAGCCGCGGUGCAAUGUUGUGUGAGUUGGAAUCCAGUGAUCUUGAUCCCAGUAAUCUUGGUUGCUUCUUGGAUCACAUCGUUUGGGAAGGCCACAGUGAUGGAGAUGGUUUUGUUGAGUCAGACCACCUCUGGCUGGGUUAUCAUCCCAAUUUUCCCAUUAAGAAAGAUGAUAUGGAUUGGCCCAAUAAAUUGAGUCACAUCAAGGCUUCAUUUGUUAUCGCUGGCAUACCCCAUGAGGUAAAAUGGUGUGGCUUUCGCCUAGUCUACAUGGAAGAUCUGAACGACGACAAUUCAAAAAUAACCAAGUACAGCCCUCUUCCGAAGAAAUCAAGUGUGGUGCUUCAAGAUUUAGAUGAAUCUGCCACAAAAGAUACCAUAAUCCAUGAUGAAUACUACAACAGUGGGGGGGGACCCAGUGGAAGUCCCUGCAGUAAUGAGGAUUUGCUCACCUGUCAUGCAGCCAAACCGGAGGAGAGCAAAACUCUUAUGAGAAAACUGUCGGAAUGCUUUUGCAGUAUUUGGAUUGAUUUGCUUCAUUCUAGGAAUGGUAGUACUAGCAUGGACAACAAUUAUGAGAUACCAUAGUUUCCUAAAAUGGGAAUAAGUCAGAAUGAAGAUGACAUUUGCAAUGGUUGGAGCUAAUCAUUUAAGAAAGACAUGCCUUUCACUCAUUUCUAAAGAUGCUGCUAUGUUUAUUUCAUCAGCGAGCACCAUAAAUUUCUCAAUUUCUCUAAAUUGGUGACAACAUGCAUCAUGCAUCUACAACACAUGUUUGGAUUGAUCUCAAGGAGCUUUUUGCCCAGAGAAAUGUCCCCAUAGCACUUGCUCCAUUUCAACCGUCAUGCAGAAUAACUUGCCUAGCUCCAGUUAUAUAGUAAGUUGAGAUCUUAUUGAUGUAAAUUCAUGUUUUCUAAUGCAAAAUCAAAUAGGAAUUACCCUAAGAAGAGGUGGUGUUAAAUUGGGUGAUAAAAUUUGUCGUGAAAAUAAGCAAAUAUAACGAAGUACGCAAUUCCAAGCAAAAGUAAGAAAAAUAUGAAGAGAACUAUUUGAUCGGUUCCCUUAGUGCUUCACAGUGAAUUACCUAGGGAACUCUUUCACUGGGUUUUGGGUUUGGUCAAGGUGAUAGUCAAGUUGAGCUCAACUCAAAUAUUAUGCUCAUUUGCCCAAAUUCCAACUUAACCUGAUGUUCGGCCAAGGUAUCCAACCCAAGCCCAAUCCAACUCUAGUUUGUCUAAACUUAUGUUAAAAUCAGGUUAGCUCAUGUUAGUAAAUAUAUGUUCAAGUUGGAUAGUUUGAGUGGGUUGUGUUGGUCAUAAAAUUUGGUCCAAUCAGGUUAGGUUAAGCCUAAAAACAAGUAAUUGAAUUUUAUACCUAUUUAAGUAGCAUUGAUGUAGCAAGUUUAAACUUCUUGGUGAAAUUCCUUGAAGCAUUCCAAAUGACACAACUACUACGAAUUCAAAUCCCUAUGUUUCAAGACUCUUAUGAACUAUUGCACAAGAUCUAAUAUGUUGUAAGGAAUCUUAAAUUUAAUCCCUUUAUGUUACAUUUGGUUGGUAAGAUAGGGUAAGAAUAGAGUAGGAUUACAUAUCCUAAGUUAUCAUUUACAACAGGAUAUGCAUAACUUAAAAUUUUAUUUGCAUUAGAUAUGAUAUCUAAAGGUACACAUUCUCCACUGAUUUCGGGAUAGGAAGCUAAAAAUGCUCGAUUGAUUAAGAAAGUAAAACCGAAAGUAAACAAGUGUGACCAAGUGGGUGUGGUCCACCUAUCUCUUGACUACUUUAUUAGGAACAAAACUUAUUUAAAUCUGAAAGUACUUUAUUAAAAAUCAUUCCACAAUUUAUCAUUUAGUAAAUAAUUUUUUAUUUCUUUAUUAAAAGCACUCAUGAUUAAAAUAUCUAAAUUAUAAAUAAAAUAUAUUAUAAAGGAAAUGCUCAAACAUGAUAUCAAAUAUGUAUGACAUUGAUCAUAUCUUUGUUGAAGUUGCUAUACCUAAAUAAUUUUAGUUUAGGUUAGUUAAACUUCUUUAAAUUUCACCAUAUUUUACUUCUUCCUUUUUGGAUAUUAAGGAAAUAAAGCUUUGAGGACGGGCAUAUUUCUGGAACACCAAAAAGAUAAGCUCUUAGUCCUCUUUCUUUGUCUUCAUCCCAUCACGUUGUGAGAUGAGGGGCUUUUCAGAUGGGCGUGAUUGUAAUGAAUAAUGAUGGUUUCAUCCAUCCUUUGACCCACAAAUAUUGGUUGUAUCGGUUGUUUAUCAAAGUGUAAGGAUUCACUAU